AUGCUAAAGGAAAAAGAGGCAGCAGAGGAAAUUAAGAAUUUUCUGGAGAGAAAUAACCUCGUACAAUAUUAUGAUUCGUUUUUGAAUCUUGGUUAUGAUGAUCUGCCACAGCUUCUCGAGAUGUCCGCCGAGGAUUUGAAUGUUGUGAUUGCAGAAGUUGGCCUUGUUCAUAAGCCAGGUCAUAGAAAACGAUUUGUCGCUGCCUUGCAAAUUUUGAAUUCCAAGUCGAAGCAUGGAGAGCCAAGCCACUUUGAUACUGUUGCCCACUCAGUGAAAGACAAAAUUUCCACUGAUAUAUCUACAUGUAAGUUUUAUAUUUUAUACAUUUCAUAUUUACGCACAUCUUUGUUUCAAUAAUCUGUUUUGUAGUCAAGAAGAAUAUCAAGAAGGGCAAUAUUCAUAGAUUCCACUGUUAAAGUCAUGUAUUUUUAUACACAAUCGAACUUGUUACUUGAUGAAUAAUACUUUUAUAUGUAAAUCCAACGUUCUGUUUCUUCUUUUAAAUAUACUGUAGGGCCAGCAACAGCUAAGGAUCUAUGGAUCCCAAACCCAUUAACACCUCAGUUAGAAUUUAAUAAUGCUGUACUGAUUGAACUGUAUGAAGCUAUCUAUGAUUUAAUCCCUCCAAUACAAUUUAAGAAUGAAGUGCUACAGCAGCGUCAUACUCGAUGGAAAAUCCAACGGACUAUUAACGAGUGGGAAAAAAAAGUGAAUAAUUUACUUGGUGAAGGAGGCAAGGAUGGCAAUUCUCAGAAUAUUCAGAGAUUCACAACUGAUGAAUUAGGAUCAAUUCAAACAGGUGAUUGUGCCAAAGCAGAAGCGGCUAAAGACAUCAUCGAUUCAGCUAUUUCCAAUAUUUCAACAUAUAUUGACAUCAUUAUGAAACAACGGUCAACUUUAUUUAACAAAGAAAAUAAAGUGAAGUCAUGGAAAGCUAAUGAAUUGAAAUUUUAUGAUGAUAAAAUGGCUGACUCAGAAGCCAUGAAAUGCAAAUUGGAAGAGUGCCAAACAAAGCUAAUAACCAACAUUGGCACCCUAAAAAGAAAACUUUCACAUGUUAAUGAUGAAGUCGCUGAGAGCAAAAGAAAGCGUAAGCGACUGCAAGAAAACAAGCGAAAAGCAGAAGUGAGAAGAGAGAACCGCUUACAGGCAAAGGUCAGUGAAGUUCUGAAAAUAAUUACAGAUGGGAAAGUUGUAUUUGAUGAUCUUAAAUCCCAGAAUACCAAAAUUGUGAAAGAUGAUUUAUGCCCAAAGAAAGAUCUUCACCCAAGGUAUCAUCUGAAAGCUUUAAGCCACUUGAUUGAGAAUAAGUGGUUUGAUGAUGAUGCUUUGCCUGUAGCACAAGGUAUGUUAGAUGCACUAACACACAAACAGGAAUUAAUCUCAGAAGCAAAUCAUAAAAGAAAAGAAAAGACUAAGGAAAAGAAAAAGCAGCCUUCUAUCCUCAGUAUGUUUGCACCUUUACCAUCCAGCCAUGUAACUCCUCAUACGCCCAUGGAUACAUCUGGUGACAAUUUAGAUAUUGAACAUAUAUUAAAUAUAAACAACUCCUCGCUUUCAUCAGAGUCAGAUGAUAAUUGA